AUGAACGGCACUGUACAAAGUGAUGCCAAGAGACAGAACCUCUUGGAGAGGUUACUAGAUGCUGUCAAACAGUGCCAAAUACGCUUCGGGGGAAGAAAAGAGAUCGCGACGGACUCGGACAGCAGGGUCAUCUGUCUCUGUGCCCAAUUUGAGGCGGUGCUGCAGCACGGCUUGAGAAAGAGCAGCGGUCUGGCCCUCACCGCCGCCGCCCUCAAGCAGGUGGCGGGCUUCAGCAGCAAGACGGAAGCAGAGUUGACCUUCUGGUUCUUCGUGAAGGAGCAUCUGAACCGGCACGAGCUCCAGCGCUUCUACUCCCUGCGUCACAUCUCGUCGGAGCUGGGCCGGGGUCGGGCUUGGCUGCGCUGCGCUCUUAAUGAGCAUUCUUUGGAACGAUACCUGCACUCGCUGCUCGCCGACCGACCGCGCGUGGGCACUUACUACGAAGACUGGGCGUUCAUGCUUGAUGAAGAGAGAGCCAGUAUGCUGCCCACCAUGGCUGCAGGUUUGAACUCCAUCCUCUUCGCCAUCAACAUAGACAACAGCGAUCUAAACGGCGGGCAGAGCAGAGGCACCGGCUCCUCGGUGACGAACCUCCUCAAGGAGUCCACGCAAGGUAUCGGCAGCCUGUGGAAGGAGUCGGCGCAGGGGGUGAGCAGCCUGCUCCGAGAGAUCGGCACGGCGACGGCCGCGGUGCCGGGUUUCGGCCCCAGGGCGGACGGCGCCUCGGACCCGCUGCCCGUCCUGCCCCGCAGCGCUUCCGCCGACUCUGGGCUGAGGAAGGAACGGCGGAAGAAGAAAAAGAUCACCAACAUCAUUUCCUUUGACGAUGACCUGGACGGAGGUGCCGAGGACGAAGAGGAAGGGGGGGAGGACGACUUCCCGAAGAUUCCCGGAAUGAGCAAGAGUCCCGUUCGGAGCGGCGCGGAGGAAGCCAUGGAUCUCUCGGAACCGCCUUUCCCCGAUUCGCCGGCUCACAACGGACUAGAUGACGAUGCCGCCGCCGCCGCCGCCGCGCUGAGUUGGGUGGGCUCGCCCCAUCACUCUCGUACACCUCCGUUGCCCCGCAGUAAGAACGUAGAUAACGAUGAGGAAGACGAGGAGGAGGAGGAGGAGGACGAAAAGUACAAAUCCAGAGCACCCAUCCAGGAGGACGAGAGGAGCAGUGACCAGAUGGUCGUGGGAAGUCUUUCCAGCGUGUCCACGUGGAGCCCCGUACAGGUUCUGAUGGAGCACGGUGGCUCAGACAUUCUGAUCCCCGUCAAUGCGACUGCCCCGCAGCCAGUCGACUCCGCGGAGGACUUUCCCCUUCCGCGCGUGUCAUCGGGGCCGGCGGAAGAUUCAGACACCGGCUCGUUACGGCCGCCUCUCAACCGUCACGACUUUGACAUUCGCCGUAUCGACGCGGCCGUGUAUUUCAGUACGGAUUCCGGUCCUUCGGCGCCGUCCGCCCCGCUCGAUGGAACGCUGCCAGACUCCAUGAGCGUCGCGGAGCUGCGACAGGCCAUUGUGGCCAUGAUGAGCAGGAAGGAUGAGCUGGAGGAACAAAACGGGUCUCUUCGUAGUCUGCUGGAUGGAGAAAUGGAGCAUUCGGCGGGUCUGAGGCAGGAGAUUGAGCUGCUUAAGAAAAGGCUGGCAGAAGCGGAAGAGAGACACGCGGCUAAGGUCCAGGCUCUUGCCAGGGAGAAUGAGGUCCUGAAGGUCCAGUUGAAGAAGUACGUGGGGGCGGUGCAGAUGCUGAAGAGAGAGGGGAACCAGGGCAAUGACGCUCUGUCAGUGUUGCCGUCGAGUGAAGAGCUCGCCCCGGCGCCUCAGAGUAAGUGCAUGGGCGACAUCGAGGAGUUGGCAUCCAGCUAUGAACGUAAACUGAUAGAGGUGGCCGAGAUGCACGGAGAGUUGAUCGAGUUUAACGAGCGCCUAUAUCGCACCCUCAUGGCCAAGGAUCACCUCAUCGUGCAGAUGAGACAGGAACUUAUUGAGCUGAGAGGACCGGUAGCAGGAGAUUUAAGUCAGACGUCGGAUGAUCCCAGCCUGUCCGAUUUUGAAACGGCCCAUCGUGCGCUCAUCAACGUUUGGAUACCGUCUGUGUUCCUUCAGGGCAGAGCUGCUAACGCCUACCACGUUUAUCAGGUUUACAUCCGCAUCCUGGACAAUGAGUGGAAUGUAUACAGACGCUACACUGAGUUUAGGGAGCUGCACAAUCGCCUGAGGUCCCAGUUUCCACAGGUGGACACGUUCAACUUCCCGCCAAAGAAAGCUAUCGGGAACAAGGAUGCCAAAUUUGUGGAAGAGAGGCGAAAGCAGCUGCAGUGUUACCUUCGUAUGGUGAUGAACAAAGUGAUCCAGACGCUGCCGGACUUCACCGCCCGUCCUACCAAGGAGACUCUACUGUCCUUGCUGCCUUUCUGUUUGGACGCUCCCCAGACCAACGACGGCGCCCCCAAGACACCUCGCUCCAAAAUGGCGUCACGUUUUCCGAGACUGGGGCGUGGCCACCACCAGGACGCCAGACCCGAACCCCAGAGUGGCGACCUCUAA